GCAACGUCGCGUAAAAAGGGUUUAAUGCAAAAGCAAAACAAGAAGGGCGAGUCACAGCAGUCACUUUUGCAGCGACUUUAUCUGGACAGGACGCAACGAUUUCGGACAAGCUGGUAUCAAACGUGUCCUAUUUCGCGUCCGGACGCAUGUGACACCCACGUGCAGACUCAGUUUGAAUAGCAUGGCGAGCGAAACAGGGCCAUUUGCCGGCUUAAAUGACGCCAUCCAGGAACUAGGGCUGCUGAGUGGAAGCAGAGUGACCCCAAGACCAACUUUUCUGCGGGAGCACUUGGAGCACUUUCGACUGCAGGGCUGCUGCGAGAGGGCCGCUCUGCAGCCGUGCCAGACGUGGAACCUGUCAGGGGCCGAGUCGGCAGUGCACGGCGUGUGCCGGGGAGUGUGCCAGGGCCAGGAGAACCAUUUCAGGAGCAGGACUCUCUUCUGUGUGGCUCCCACGACAUUGAUGGGAGAGUUCUUGGCCUCCCAAAAUGCCAACCUCUCCACCCCAUACAGACGCAGCUGUCCUGCAAAACUGGCGCAGCUUUCUAUCAACUCACACAGGCAACACCACAUGAAGCCAUACAACAUCCCUUGGCGGCGAGAAGAGCGUGUGCGAACAAAAAGUGAAAAUGGGGACACGCCGGAAGAGGAGCCUAAGGUUCCAUUGCUGCUGGUGGCGCCGACAACGCCACUGUUUCGAUCUCGCUCCCUUGAGGACGUUCGAUCUCCCUCUACUGAAGAGGACUUGGACGACGUGUCGCAAGAGAUUCAGCGACUGCAUGUCAAUGAGUGACCGCACUGCUCAAAGCAGGCCUUACCUAGACUGAAGUCGCACAAAAUUCUCACCGCUGCUGCUCUUGUUGCUGUUUUCCAUCAUAUAGCUCUUGGAAGCUUUUAAUAUUUAUUUACUGGUUUGCUAAAAAGUAGACAUAAAUGAUUGAAGCAAAAAGCAGCUUAGUUAAAUCUUUUGAUCCUUUGACAUCUCUAUUCCGUCGAAACAUACAUGCAUCAUGUAUAUUGUUUUUAAUUGAAAACUUUUGUUUCUUUCGUUCUUGCAAAAAAGUAAGCUUUAUUAUCACUCUUUUUUUACUAAGGUUUGUGUAUUUAAUUUCUAGAGCAAAAUGAAAAAAAAACUGAAGAAAUGAAUGUAAAUAUAAGAUAAUAAAUUCUUUGUUGCACUUUCCUGAAAUAUUUGUAUUAGUAAUUGAUAAAUUAAAAUUAUGUACUUCAUUUUGUUCACUUCAGGCUCAGAAGUCACUGACAUACUGACAAAGAGUAUUACUCUUUUUGAUUGUCUGUUUUCCAAGAUCUGUAAAAAUUGGAUAAAUCUGACACCAGUCUGACACU